UAAUACCUAAUAACAAUUGAAAUUCAAUCCCAAUCCCAAUAAAUAAUACGUGCAUUCAGUAAUACCAAAUAUAGACAAAUUCAGUACGGUAUUUGGUAUAUAUCAAAUAACGGGGGGAGUUCUACGGUACCCAGGGUGAAAUCUGGGGUACCGCAUACCUUGAGUAAGUAAACGCUAUCCAAAACUGGAAUUGACUGAUCUUUCGGACAUGAUACUAUACUCUAACCCUUAAAGAUAAAAAUCUAGGUCUUAAUUCUCUAAAUCUUAUACCACAAUAUUAAUUUAAUUAGAAACAAUAAUCGACGGUUACUAUUCGUCCAAAUAUAGGCAAAAAAUCAAUGCACCAUCUUAGGGUUUAUAGUUUAUGAUUUAAAUAAUUAGGAACUAUGGUUCACUCAUUGAGGGUUAGGGUAUAAUCUCAUGUCAAUAAAUCCUGUUAAUUCGAAGUCUAGAUAAUGUUUUCAUACUCAAGGUAUCUGGUACUCCGAAUUUCAUUCGAAGUAUCAUAAAAGACACCUAAAUACCGGUACCAAACUUCAUGCCUAACUCCGACAGACAGAAUUGCAGGCGGAAAAAAAAAAUAGUCAGGCCCAGCGAAAGAAAUAGCAUAGGGCCCAAAAUGUACAGGCCAGUUUUAAGUUUGGAUCGUCCAUGAGCACAACAUCAAGGUUUUUCUCGUCUUUUUUCCCUGCAUCCAAAAUUCCAAACUCGCCAUUAAGAGGCACCUCUUCUCCCCCAAUCCAUCUCUUUCUCUUUCUCUUUCUCUCCGCCACUCUGCCUCUCUCGCCUUCGCUCCCUUAUCCUCUUCUCCUUCCUGCUUCCUCCCCCCCAAAUUUCAACACCCAACCCCUCUCCUAAAACCUACCCCCUUUACGCCCUUCCAAUGGCUUCCUCUUCAACCUUCACCCGCGCAUCCAUGGCGGAAUCCUGCCUCCUAUCACUUCCUUCCAUCCUCACCACUCCCAGAACCCCUCUCCUCGCUCUAUCAAUCCCAUCUCGACCCCUCAAGCUCCAUCUCUCGCACUCCCUCUCUCUCAAGCCUACCACCCACCUCCGCUUCUCCUCUCUUAUCCCCUUCGUAGCCCAGACCUCCGAUUGGGCUCAGCAGGAUGAGCAGAACACCACAGCCACCAUUGCUGACUCGGAACAAGAAGACGGAGAAGGAAGCAGCUGGGAGAACGAAGGUGAAGAUUCGGCAGUCGCGGAGGUGCCGGAGGCUUCGUAUGCCGCCGCUGAAGAUGGAAUUGAGGCGCAGGAGCCGCCGGAGGACGCCAAAGUGUUCGUCGGUAACUUGCCCUACGAUGUGGACAGUGAGAAGUUGGCUAUGUUGUUCGAGCAGGCUGGAACUGUCGAGAUUGCUGAGGUCAUUUACAACAGGGAGACUGAUAGCAGCCGUGGUUUCGGGUUUGUGACCAUGAGUACUGUUGAAGAAGCUGACAAGGCUGUCGAUAUGUUCAGCAGCUAUGACAUGGGAGGGAGGCUCUUGACAGUGAACAAAGCUGCUCCCAGAGGAUCAAGGCCGGAGCGUGCUCCUCGUGUGUUUGAACCUGGUUGCAGAGUAUACGUGGGGAACCUGCCAUGGAGUGUCGAUGAUGCUCGCCUCGAGCAAGUCUUUAGCGAGCACGGCAAGGUCACAAGCGCACGAGUAGUCUACGACAGGGACAGUGGCCGCUCACGUGGUUUCGGGUUUGUGACGAUGGCUGACGAGACGGAGAUGAAUGAUGCCAUCGCCGCUCUUGAUGGACAGUCUCUUGAUGGCAGGGCCAUCCGAGUAAACGUUGCGGAGGAGAGACCAAGGCGAUCUUUCUAAGGUCUCUGCUGAUUGUAAGACAGGAGGGUCACCAUGAUUUUUGCCUUCCUUUCCGGGACGUUGGGCUGGCUGGUUGGAGAGAAGAGAAGGUCAGAGGGUCUGAGUUUUCAGUUUCAUUUAUCCAAUAGUUAUAAGAUUUUAUCCGGGUGGUUUCUUCAACAUGCCGUAUAAAGGAAUUUACCUUUUGGAUGUUGUUUCCCGUCUAGUUUUUUCUUCUUUUCUGUAUGCCAAAUCCUUGAUGCAUUGCGAUUUGCACAAGCAGAAUAUUGUACCCGUAUAGCUGCACUUGAAGCGAUGAAGGUAACGGCCCCAUAGCUACUUUUUGCAAGCUGAAAUUGCAUGGUUUGCCGCCAGACACUCUGGAGUUCUAAAACUGUGCUGAUUCAAAUUUGAUGGUGAUUUUGGUUAAUAUUUCGUGAAGUAAUGAAAUACUAUGAACCAUUGAACAAUGACUGGAAAGAAACCGAAACAGAUAUAAACGCCAUUACUUACAAGCUCUGAUUCAUUAACACAUAAAGAGCUGGACAAGGUAGUAAGGUAGCGCUCAAAGUCUCAACUCUCAACUAAUUUAUUUACAUGACUAGAGCCAGAAAAUCAGGUGAUCCUCAGUUACAACUUACAACCCUAACAUCCUAAAAGCUCAGUUGCACCUCAACUGAGCAUCUUUGCUAGUAAGAGGGACGUAUUGCACUGAAGUUUCACUCCGUACACUGAUGGAGCCAUCCUCAGUUCUUGUCAACGACCUUCAGGUCCUGAAAAAUGCUGCCUACUGGAAUCACCAUACGUCCUCCGGGCUUUAACUGCUCGAUCAGUGGCGGCUGUGGGAUUUCAGUUGCCGCUGCCCCAACGUGGAUUGCAUCAUACCGCGCAAACUAUGGCCAACCUUGCCUUUCCAUCUGUGUUUACAAGAAGGCAUAACUCGAGCCACGGCAUGGCAUGGCAUGGCAUCAAGAUCCCUAGCGUCACUGUGAAACUACCUAAUAAGUUCUCUUUCUGCAUUGCAACAUACCUCCAGCAUGCACUUCUCCGAUAAAGUCCCUUAAAGUCCAUGGGUCCCACCAGUGGCGGACCCAGAAUUGCCGGAGAGGUGUGUCGCCGAUAACAUAAUAUAAUAAUUAAAAAAAUUAAUUAAAAAUUAUUAAAAAAUUAAUAUAAAUUAAAUAUAAAUUACUAGAAAUUAAUUCAUAAAGUUCACAAUGUCAUGUUUACUAGAAAUGUCUGUAAAUACAUUCAUUGCUUAUGUUGCGAAGCAAAUCCUUUUCGAUAUACACAACUAAACAAUGAUUCAUUAAAUUCGUCACUCAACCGAUUUCGAAGUGCAUUCUUGAUUAUCUUCAUAGCUGAAAUCUUUCGCAGCUUUCAAUUGCAACAGGUAAAGUCAACACCAACUUCCAAAAGCAAGUAAAACUAAAGGGUAAAAGAAAAUGGAGAUGUGGUAGUGGCUCUCGAUAAUUAGAAACUAAAACGGGGUAAGGGUGAGUUUUUUAAUUUUCAAUAAAGGAAGGGUCAAGGGGUGGAAAUGGUGAGUUUCAAAGGAUGGGGUUAUGUUUAUUUUUUCCAUUGUUGGGUUGUGGUAGGGAUGACAACCAAACCCAUGGUCGCGGGUACCCGACCUCCUCCGACCCAGUCAAUACGGGAAUGCCUGCAUUGACUGGAUAUGGGGCUAGUAUGGAUAACCCCCCCCCCCCCCCCCCCCCCCCCAAAAAAAAGGUUGAUGGGUAUGGGGCGGGUAUGGUUUUUAACUCUCCAGCCCUAUACCCAUACCCAAACCCGCCCUACCAAAGAUAUUAUGUUAUAUACAUAAAAUAUAAGGAGUGUAUGGUAACUUGUCAGUCGAAUGAAGAGUAAUUAAAAGAAAAAAUAAAGUGUUAAAAUGUAAUUGAUGGCAACCAAACCUUAAUUUCAUCCUCUUAUGUAUUAGUUCCAUAAUUUUGGGUGGGUAGUAUCCAUAUUUGUCACCAUAUUCUAUUAUUAAUGGUGAGUAGUUGUCCGGGCGGUAUUACCCAUGGGUAUUAGAAAACCACAGGUAUGGGGAUGAGUUUGUAAGACCUUUCACUGCAUGGGUAUGAGACGGGUAAUGAGUUUGAAUAUUUGGAGAUGAGGAUGAGGUUGGUUUAGGCAAACCCGCUCUAUUGUCAUCUCUAGGUUGUGGUGUUGGUUACUCUAAAACAAACAUACUUAUUAUUGUUUAUUACUCAUUAAGAUAAAUAACUUUAUAACAAGAAAAUCAUUCUCGUAUAAUGAAGGUGUGUCGCUCACAAUUAUUUAAGGUGUGUCGGAAGUCCCGAAUUAAAAAAAUUUGUACCAAAAAUAUAUAGGUACUUCACAAAAUUUUCGGGCGAGGGUGUGUCGGACGACACACCCUGCCCUUUACUAGGUCCGCCACUGGGUCCCACGGAUUUGUUACCGCUAAAUACUUGAAGCAAACAAUGAAUUUUAGACAAAAUCCAUCAUAGAUCCAAAUCUAUCACCAAAUCUUUCACCAAUUCAGACAUUCAGUGGGUUAUAGUUUUAAAAAAUAAUUAUUUCACUAAUGUCGAGUUCAUUAAGGCUAGUAAAGGACCUCGGGCAUCAUGGAUCGAGUCGGGGAGCGAGUGGGUUCGGUUCCUCUCCCUGAAAAGGAGGUGAUCCAGCCGCACCUUCCAGUACGGCUAUCUUGUUACGACUUCACUCCAGUCACUAGCCCUGCCUUCGGCAUCCCCCUCCUUUCGGUUAAGAUAACGACUUCGGGCAUGGCCCCCCACUGAUCAGAGUACGCCGAUUACCCCCGAACCGUACAGAAUAUUGGUAAUGGGGAGUCAACCUGGCUGGAUGAUGUCUUGAUUCCAUACUUGAAAAACUUGAGAAUCCCAGUGUCCAGUUUUGAGUUAGGAAUUCAUUCUUCGACUAGAGAAUAGAUGAGAUGUUGCUAGACCAAAUACCCUCUUUCUGAGGAAAGGUGACAUAUUCUAUUAUCAAGAUUCCAAUUGGGCCUCAAAGUUUUGAAGGUAGUUGGAAAGGAGCGUUCUUAGUUAAAUCGUGUUAUGUUUGCUGGUUUUUGUGUUCUUUAUUGUGUUCUUUACCACUUUUCAUCUUCUGGGCUUUUCUUGGAGUCUCUUGUGAACUUGUUGGCUUUUGUUGGUGCUUUAAUGAUAUAUAUAUAUAUAUAAUAUCAUUUUCAUUAAAAAAAAUAGGCCAAAUACACUUGUGUAGCCAAAACUUUGACGUUUGUGACAAUAAUAGUCACAUUUGGGGAAAUACCAAUAAUAGCCAGAAUUUUAAAAGUUUGAUGACAAUAAUAGUAAUUUCCGUUACAUAAUUUAACGGCGUCAAUGACACCGUUAGUCAACUUAACGAAAUACUUACUUGGCUGCCAACUCACCCUCUCUUUCAUUUCCACCUCAGCAUUUACUAACAGGUGGACGACACGUCAUUACAAAAAUAAAAAUAAAAAUAAAUC